AAACGGUCACGUUUCGUUAAUUGCAUUACGUUUCAAAUAAUAGUAAUAGUGAUACCCGUUUGUUCGAUGAACUUUUAUAUCAUACCUGAACUUAAAGCAUUUUCCGCUACUAGUCAGCGAUAUUUCUCGGACGAAAUUCAGUAGAUCUGCAAGACGGUUGUCAGACAACUCGCCCCAAAGCCAAUUCGCCAUAUUUCUCGGACGAAAUUCAGUAGAUCUGCAAGACGGUUGUCAGACAACUCGCCCCAAAGCCAAUUCGCCCCAAAAUCUGAUCAACUCACCCCGAAUUUGUUAAAAAAUUGCCCACAUCAAAAGACAACUUGCCCUAAAUCUAUAAACAAUGUCUGGACGUGGAUUGAUGCGAGCCAUCCGUGUUGCCCAGUUUGGUGGGCCAGAGGUGUUAAAGAUCGAUUUCCAAGUUCCUGUACCUGUCCCUACAGAUACACAGGUAUUGGUAGAAGUAAAAGCAGCGGGCGUGAAUCCUGUGGACACGUACAUCCGUAAUGGCACCUACGCUGUUAAACCCCCUCUGCCAUACACGCCAGGAGCUGACGGGGCUGGAAUUGUGUCACAGAUUGGGGCCAGUGUCACAAAGUUUAAGGAAGGUGAUAAAGUGUUCCUAAUAAGGACUGUGUCUGGCGGGUAUGCAGAAUAUACAGUCGCUGAGGAAGCUAUGGUCGGGAAGUUACCUGACCGCCUGAGUUUUUCCCAGGGUGCCGGUCUGGGAGUACCUUGCUAUACAGCGUAUCGUGCAUUAUGCAUAAAAGCUAAAGAUAAGAUGAAGCCAGGAAACACUGUGCUAGUGCAUGGAGCCAGUGGAGCUGUGGGUCUGGCAUGUGUCCAGAUAGGUGUUGCCAAGGGCCUGAGAGUGCUUGGGACGGCAGGGACCCCAGAAGGGCUGGACUUGGUACUUAAAAACGGAGCAGCAGGGGCUUUCAACCAUAAGGAACAGGGCUACACUGACAAAAUACUGGCAGCCACCAAUGGCGCGGGACCAGACAUCAUCCUUGAGAUGUUGGCCAACGUGAAUCUGGAGACAGACUUGGAGAUCAUCAACAAGGGAGGCAUCAUUGUGGUCGUUGGAAGCAGGGGCAAUAUAGAGGUCACCCCACGUUUCUUCAUGCAUAAAGAGGCCAUUGUCACUGGAAUGGCACUGUGGAAUUCUCCACCAGAAGAAUGGUUGGAAAUGCAUCAAGGGAUAUCAGAUGGACUUAAUGCAGGCUGGCUCCAACCAAACGUCCAAAAGGAGUAUAAGCUGGAAGAGGCUGGGUUAGCGCAUGAAGAAGUUAUCAACAAUUCUGGCACAACGGGCAAGAGGGUCAUAGUGAUGUAACUUAAAGUGAUCAUAUUUGAAAAUUUGGAUUGGAAUUUAGCUCAUAUUUCAAACAAAUUCUUUGUUAAGUUAUGCUAUUAGUCUAUAUUUGGGCAUUUUGUACUUGUAAAUACAAAAAAUGUUUACAAAAGUUACUAUUGUAAAAUCUGAUUGUGAAAGAUUUGUAUGUAGGAAACUAUGUUUUCUUUUCACAUUGUCUCAUCAUGAUACCAAAGAUUGUGUACUUUUAUUCAUCGCCUUCAAAUAGAAAUGUGUUAUAAUAGUGAUCAUAGCAUAUGAACACUCUAAUUCGGUGUGAAUAGAUUCCUCUUUUUUUUUCCUAAUUCCUUGAAAUUGAAAAAUUGUUGUCAAUGAUAGUUUAUCUGCUAUGUACCAGUAUUCUCAGAUUUGUGUUAAAUUGAAAUUCUAUAGCAUAUACCAAUUUAUGUAGUCUAUUUUUUCCUGAGGAAUGGAGCUUUUUUAUCAUUUGCAUGUGCCUUUCAAAGGAAAAGAACUUUGUAUACGUAUUGAAAUUGUAUGUUAUGUAUUUUGUUAUUUUACCAUAAUGGGAGCUUGACACAAAUCACCCCCCUUUCACCCUCAUGUUUAUCUGUCAAUAUUAUAGGUACUACCUCACUGAUUGUGAGGCAAAUAUAAGUCAGGCCAAAACAUUUGUUUGCAACCUAAAGAAUACCUUACUGUCAUAAAAUGGCAGCACUGAAUAGUCAAAUGAUAAUACAAAUGAUAUCUUACUGUUUGGAAAAAGGCCCUUCUAAAAAUGACCUAGAACUUUUCACGAUGUGAUUUGAUAAUUGUUAUUCAGGUCUUUAUGACCUGGUAGAUUCCUAUUGCUUAUUCAAAUCUAACAUUCAUUUUGAGGAAAUUGCAAAUAUUCAUUCAAUUGUCAAUUUCUUCAUAUCCUUACAUGUAUUGAUUAUUAGUAUGCAAGUAUUAUUUUGAUAUCAGCAAAAAAGCUUGUGUAGAGAUAAAUUGAAUUUGGGUUAUUUUAUUUUGUGUGACUUGAGCUUUAUUAUGGUUUCAUAUAUGUUUGUAACAAAUAGCAACAUAAUUGGGACAAUAUGAAUACACUUUCUCAUUAUUGAAGUGUACAAAGUACUUCAUCUAUAAUCAAGUGACAUAUGCUAAAACUUCAUGAUUCUUUUUUGUACAGAUUGACAUGAUCUGUGUGGUCCAAAGAUUUGUUUUUAAUGUGAUAGUUCCAUAUGUGUACAUUGUAUAGAAUAAUGGUAGGUGGUGAGCAAAAUUUCUUAUUCCAAAGUCAACAGAACUCGAUCAUUACAUCCCAAGGGUUUCAUUCGAAAUACUACAGUGUUCUCCAUAAAUAUCUAAGUAGCCAGUUAUAUUUUCAAGGUAACCAAGUUCCAGGGACAAAGAACUGCAUUGGGCCUUUUUUCCCCCGUUUUGAAUGGAUAUACAUAUUUUGAGGAAAAGUAGCCGGCGCAAAGAUUUUUAGUAACCGGUAAAAUCGCAGGCUGCCUUUGCAUCCGGAGAACACUGUACAAGCUCUCAUAUUUCCAUUGUGCACAUACACAUUUUCAUAAUGUAUUCAAGUUUUUGCUAUGUAUUUACAGGGACCUAUACAAACAAAUAUUGCUUGUAUAUGUCCCUGGUAUUUAUUGUUUAUGUGACUUUUGAUAUUUUGUCUUUGCAAACAUUAAUUGGGUGCUUUUCAUGCGUAAUAAUUUUGUUGAUACUCAGAAGAAGAAAGUACAUGUUUA